ACAAAAUAGAACGGAAAGAUGAGAGUUGGAGUGGGAGAGACCGAGAAGAGCAGGAAUUUGAGUUGAAAUCGAGGAUCUUCCCAAAAUUGGACCCGGUUGCAUCCUAUAAUUGCGAGGAUGGAGAAUUCCCUCGUCGAAGAGGAGAUCACAAGAAGUCGGCGGCCAAAGACGAGAGCGAGAGCGAGAGCGAAGCCUCCGCCGUCUGGAAGGGGCAGAGAUAGCCGAAUCGAAUCCGUAUCUCCGCCCGGUCUCGUGUCAUCUUUCGAAAAAAAUCGUGAGGAAAGCCUCAGGAAUCGGUCGGCGAUGGUGAUGAGCGUGGACCCGGCGGCGGGAGAGGUGGAGGUGGCGACGUGCGAGUUCUGCGGGCUGACGGAGGACUGUACCCAAGCGUACAUCGCGCGGGUGCGGGAGAGGUACGGGGGGUUGUGGGUGUGCGGCCUCUGCAGGGUGGCGGUGGAGGAGGAGAUCGAGCGGUCGGGGCGGCGGAUGUCGAAGGAGGAGGCGAUGACCCGGCACGCGAGCUUCUUGCGGAACUUCUGGGACGCCGCCGCGUCGCCGGUCAACCCGACGCAUCUCCUCAUCGCCGCCCUCCGGCGGCUCCUCCGCCGGAUCCUUGACUCGCCGCGGACACCCGACGGCCCGCACCGGUGGGUGGAGGUCGCCGGCGCCGCCCUCGCCCGCUCCGGAAGAUGAUUCAACUUUCAAGAUUAAGAUACCGGUGAAUGGAAUGUUUUAUGAAAAAAAAAAUAGUUCUUGUUCUCUUGUCAGUACCUCUAGUUUAUGGUUAGACUUUCAUCUUUAAAUAAAAUUUAGUUCUUUUGAGA